UGCAAAUUGAAAGACGAGCUUAAGUUCUUCCAUAACACACUACCCUAGCGUCAUGAAUAUUAGUUCCAAGGCUAAAUGUCAUGAAAAGGAUUUCUACGAUUCAUAUUGUCAAUUGGAAUAUGAAUUUGAAAAUGGAAUUGCUAAGCCUGCAUCAAGCGAAGCAAGAACUCGCCAUAAUUUGCAAUUCUUACUAAAAACGAUAACGGAAAUGGAUUUCAUGUUUGAAAAUGUUGAAUGCUACGGUCAAGAGGUUCCUUGCAUUCGUUCAGUUCGGGAGUUAGCUUGUCGUUUUAAAGUACAAUUUUGUAAUGAAUACGGCACCUUUAAUCGCGUCCUGAGUGAGCUGUGUCAGAUGAAAGUAUCAGGUAUUUCUCGCGUUAUCACUCGUGUGGAAAGAUUGCGCAGUAACAUCUCGAUGUUGGAUCAUGACGAGGUGUGUUACCUCAAGUACCUUGAAGAUGUUAGACAGCUACUUGGUGAAAUAAGUGGCAUUGUUGAAACAAUAUUAAAUGUUGAAUAUGGAAAGCGAUAGCAUUCCCAUAUUACAAUAUACUGUGCACAAUUUGCAAUUUUGUAAAUGAUAAAUGUCUUGCGCAAUGUACUCAUUUUGCAAAACGUAAUACUAAAAUUAAAACCUUGUGGAAAAAAUA